GUGAGAAUACAUCUCACUCACUCUCCGUCUCCUCCUACACACGCCGCCGCAUAGUACCUCACCGGGUCACCCCGGAGCGGCUACAAGGUUUCGGCUUCCGGCUUAAAGGCUUUAACACCCACCUACAACGUCGUUAUCCUCAAGGGCGUGCUCGAAAGACUUCCGUUCUCCAGCCGGGGAGGCAGUAUGAGUCGGUGUUGUUGCGGGAUAGAUCGCUGGGACUCGCGACGGAGAUCCGCCGAGAGAUCCGGGACCGACGUUUCGCGGAUCUGAGAACCGGAAAUCGCCAGGAAGGAUGACGGUGUGAGGAAGAAAUCCGAUCUGUCCGCGCUGGUCACACGUGAUAACACGCGACACGGAGGUGCUUUUAUCGUCGUUUUGCGACGACAACCGGGGCAAUCGUCCAAGGCAAUUCGGGAUUUCGAUAAGACCUCGCUCGAGAUGUCCGAGGUCCGUGCUUCUCGUCGACGGGGUAACCAUGCCGAGCUCUCCUCCCCCUUCUCCCCUUGCUCUCGCUAGAGGUAAUACCGAUGCAAUUAGCGCGUCGAUGGUAAUUGACACCUCGUAGCGAGAGAAAGAAAGCGUGUGUAAAGUGUAACAAAGUGCGGAGAAUUGUUCCCUCUCCGGGCCCCCCUUGAGGGUGGUUCCGUUCACCGGCUGUUUAUUCACGAGCACGCGCGCGAUGUCGCAACGAAGAAUACCGAGAAGGAGAGAUCCACUUUCCCUGAGGACGCGAACAGAAUUGUCGCUGAGCGAAUACGCCCAACAGCAGUCGUUCAACAGCAGGUCAAUGCAACCUCUCAAAUUCAUCGAGAUCAAAGGUUGCAAGGAUGAUCCGGAUAUAUGCGGAGAGGAUGCAGCUUGCCGCAUCAAAGGCAACACAUCGGAGUGCAUCUGCCCUCACGAUUUGUCCCUACCUACAGUGGACUUGAAAUGUCCGAUACGAUCAAUCGUUCCUGCGACGCCUCGUCCUAUACAUAACAUAAUACCACCAAGUAGCUAUAAUCCAAACAGUACGACUGAGCUCCCGGAGGCCGAAGAGGUAGAAGGAUCUAUCUUGAGGCCCAAAGUACCUGAAAUAAUAGGGAUAGCUGUAGCUUUCGCCGUGGUAAUUAUGAUUAUAUUGGGUAUCGUGUACUGCGUGAGAAGACGAACUUACAGCGUCAAGUCGCAGAGAAAUUCUUUGGAUGGCACCCCGAUCAACCUGAAGAAAGGACUGUUAUUACCGAACAAAUACACACCGAAUCCUCAAUACUUCAACUGCACCUCGCCGGAAGUCUCGAUCAUACAACGCGACACUCUCGCCUUCCUGGACGACAUCGGCGAAGGAUGCUUCGGCAAGGUUUACAAAGGUGAAUGGCACAAUGGAGACACGAAGGAGAUCGUCGCGGUGAAGGUGCUGAAGGAUACCGCGACGCGCGAAACCGAGGAGGACUUUAUGCGAGAAGUGGACAUCAUGUCCACGUUCAGUCAUACGAACAUCUUGUCGCUGAAGGGGGUGGUGCUUCGAGACGCCGCCAGCAGCCCGUGCAUGGUGUUCGAGUACAUGCCGCACGGCGACCUCGCCAAAGUGCUGCGAGCGAACUCACGGCAGUUGAGGUCACCGAACUGCGGACUGCAGUCGUUAACGAUGGAUUCCCUACACUGGAUAUCGAUUCAGGUCGCAGCCGGCAUGACUUACCUGUCGGCGCAGCGAUUCGUGCAUCGCGAUCUGGCGUGCCGAAAUUGCCUGGUCGGCUCGGACCUGAUCGUGAAGAUCGCCGAUUUCGGCAUGUCGCGAGACGUCUACACGUGCGACUAUUACAAGAUCGGAGGGACGCGUUUGUUGCCGGUUCGGUGGAUGUCGCCGGAGAGCGUGAUGUACGGGCGCUUCACCCUGGAGACCGACGUCUGGAGUUUCGGCGUCGUCCUCUGGGAGGUCUUCUCCUUCGGCAAGAUACCUUACUACGGCCAUAGCAACGAAGAGGUUCUGAAGCUCAUACGACAAGGGAUCGUCCUGACACCGCCGGACGAGUGCCCGCCCCUCGUUUGCGAGAUAAUGCGCGACUGCUGGCAGAGCAAGCCGCAGGACCGAAUCAGAUUCCCCGAUAUUCUGGAAAGGCUGGAGAAGGCGCAUGGCAAACUGAUGCAGCAAGGCAGCACCCUGCCCAGACCGCCGCAAGGUCCAGUUACGAUACGCACUCCGGACGUCUUGGAUCCGGACGGUUACUUGCUUCCCGCCCCGGCGGUCCCCCAUGAGUAUCUGCAAACCCUUCCGGCCCUGUCCGAAUGACGGGGAUGACGU